AUGUUUUGGACUCCAAACGAGGGUCUCCUUGUCAGAGCCUGGUAUCCUGCAUCCACUCAGCGAGCCCAACCUCGCAACAAGCGCGUAAUUGCGCAAAAUCAGCCCUUGUUCAUGGCCUCGCCUAACCCAAAAAAUGAUGAAUCACCUGCUUUGAAGGACACGAAACGCAAAAGGCUUGUUGUCGUGGGAGGUGGUAUUGGCGGACUAUCGUCUGCCUACGAUGCCAACCACCUCCUUCGAGGAGAAGUCGACAUUGUUGUCGUGUCAGAGCGCGAGUCAUUUCAAUUCACUCCUAGCAAUCCGUGGAUUGCCACUCAUCAACGCAAACCUCAAGACAUCAGCUUGUCGCUGACAAAGAUACUUCCUCGUCACAAUAUUGAAUUCAUCAACUCCGCUGUCACCCAACUUAAUCCAAAAAGACAGCAGCUGGCGCUUUCCAAUGGUGAUAAGAUGGAGUAUGACUUCUUGAUUAUUGCAACUGGGCCUCGCCUGGCAUUUGAAGAGAUCCCCGGAACAGGUCCUGGCAAGUAUACGGCUUCGGUGUGUACCACUCCACAUGCUUGUGAAGCUGCGGAGGCUGUUGAUUCUUUGACCAAAGCCCCCGGCCCUGUCGUGAUUGGAGCUGUCCAAGGCGCGUCCUGCUUUGGACCUGCCUACGAGUUUGCACUGUUGCUCCAUCACGAGCUGGGAAAGCGUGGCGGUGCAAAACUGCAAGAGCAAUGCCCCAUCCAGUUUGUCACAUCCGAGCCAUACGUUGGACAUCUUGGAUUGAAAGGCGCUGGGGAAUCUCAAAAAAUACUGGAGAAUAUUUUCAUCAAGAAGGGCAUUGAAUGGUUCACGAACUGUAAGGUGGACAAGGUCACCAAGGAGAGCGUAUCAAUUGAAUAUCUAGAGGACGUCGGUGACGGAAAGCAUUCCAAGCAUUCUAAAACCAUAAAGAGCAAGUUCAACAUGCUUAUUCCGGCUUUUCGUGGAAUGGAAAUCUGGAAAUCGGUGCCAGGGCUCACGGAUGCAGAGGGAAUGAUUCAAGUGAAUGACUACCAGCAGUCAGUGAAAUAUCCGAACAUUUUUGCUGUGGGCAUUGCGGCACAUAUGGACAGCAUCGAAGCAACGCCCGUACCGACUGGUGUGCCCAAGACCGGAUACAUGAUCGAAAGCAUGGGGACGGCUACCGUGAAGAAUAUCCAAGCCAUCAUCAAGCAUCAACAGAAGCAUGGUGCUGAAGACCAGUAUCCAGAACUCCACACCAAGGCUUUGCUGAACGGUGUAUGCAUUACUGAUUUCGGUAAUGAAGGUGCCAUUUUCUUAACCUUGCCCCAACUCCCACCCAGACGUACUGACAUUACUAUAGACGGCAAGGUCGCCACCCUUGCCAAGAUUGCCUUUGAGAAAUAUUUCUUACACAAAAUUGAAAGUGGAGAUACCGAUCCAUACUAUGAAAAAUAUAUGUUGCAUCUCAUUGGAGUUGAUCGAACACAAAAUAUUUAG